GACAUAGUGUACACAAAUUAAAAAAAAAAAAUCUUGUCCUUCAGCAAAACAGAUUCCGUGCGCUUAUUUACCGACAAAGAAAAUCUUUGCAAAACGGCAGAAACAUAAUUGCUAAUAUAGCGGUGGUGAUUGAAAAGGCUAGGUCGUAGGUUUGCAUAAUUGUGAUCCGGAUCCCUUCGUAGAUAGAUUAACAUGCAGAUGAACUGUUUUUAUAGCGCUUAUCUCAUCGUGAUUGUAGAGGGGAGAAGGGAUCGUGAAGGCACGGACACAAGUUGUGGGAGAAUGCCCGUAGUUGUUUGUGCUACGUUAUUGUAUAAAAACAAUUUCGACAAAUGUGGAACUCUCCUCUAGGCCAUAGCAUCAGCCUUCUUUUAUUUAGCGUAACGACCUAGUUGCAAAAAUGUUUGUAUUACUUUACAAAACUUUGUGCAAUGACUGCGCAGUCGAAUAAUAUUUUUUGCAAUUAGACAACAUUUUAUGCUUUAUGUGUGAAUAACGUGUUAUAAUUGAUUGUACAAUAUAAAUUCCUACUACUAAAAAAAGAGAAACAUUCGCUUUAUGUAAAUAUAGAUUGCUUGAUAACAGUGUGUUACUGCUCAUAUUAGUAGCUGCGUGUUCAUCUUAUUGUGUCGGCUUUUAUGGAUGUGCUUGCCAACAGUGGCACAAAAUGCACAAGUACAACAAUCGAACAUCUCGUAUCUUCUUGAAAUGUACCAGUUGCGUAAAGAAAGACUCAUUGUUUGCGGAUUAGUUGCGUUUGAGCUUUGGUGGAAGUAAGUUCCAGUCUCCCCUAUAUUCCCAAAUAUGUCAUCAGAGGCAAAGCUGCAAAAUAUCUCGUUAGAAGAGUGUGCUGAAUUGCGUGACCUAUAUCGUGUAGAUUGGCCAAGGUAUGCGUAUACAUUCUAUAUGCUGGAAAAUUUCUACAAUUGGCGCGAUCUGCAUCAAAAUGGAGAGGUAGAAGUGUUUACUGACCCGGAACGUGAUUGGCGCAUCACUGGAACAUUUGUGCUAAAGGAUUGCAAGGAGCUGUUUUUCUACACCCUGGAUACUACUGUCGAUAGUUUGGAAAAAGUGCUUAGAACGGUUAUGAGCAAAUUGGGUGCACCCAUUAGCAUGGUGUAUGAUUCCUGCUUUCGAACCGUGGUCGAUCGCUCUAUGUGCAUGCUUUCCUAUGCGAAAGACAGUCACGAGCGGAUGGUGUGUUACCGGCAGCUAGUACCACAUAAAGACGGAAAAGAUAUGUGCAAUGAGCUUCAAUCCGAAUACCGCUUCGGUGCUGUGAAGCCAGAGGAUAGUGUCAUCGUCGAACAGCAGUGGGUACAUAAUGAUCCAAUUUUUACAAAUCUGCCUACACGUUUGAUCGAGCGCAACCCUUCACUGGCAGUGUACGACACGAACGAUCGUUUAGUAGCUUGGUGUUUGAUUGAUCAGACCGGUUCGUUAGCCCUAUUCCAAACUAUUCCCGAGCAUCGGCGUAAGGGUUUGGGACGAGCGAUUAUUGAACGAUUGUCGAAUCAACUACAUGAGAAUGGACAGCUACCACAAGCGUAUGUCGUGGACAGUAAUAUGGCAUCACGCAGCUUGUUUGAAAAGUUAGGAUUCAAUGCGGUCGAACUAUGGCAUUGGAUAAAGGUUAAAAAACAGGAGUCGUAACGAGGUGUAUUCACUGGUCAUUAAGAACGAUCGUUUGAAAUCGUAGACACUUAAUAACUUCAUCAAACACAAUUGUUUUAGGAAAUAAACUUAGCCAAACACUCAUGCUUUUAUUACCUUUCGAAGCUCGGAA